UAGUAAGACAGGUGCCUUCAGUUCACUCUCAGUAAGGGGCUGGUUGCCUGCAUGAGUGUGUGCUCUGUGUCACUGUGGAUUGGAGUUGAAAAAGCUUGACUGGCGUCAUUCAGGAGCUGGAUGGCGUGGGACAUGUGCAACCAGGACUCUGAGUCUGUAUGGAGUGACAUCGAGUGUGCUGCUCUGGUUGGUGAAGACCAGCCUCUUUGUCCAGAUCUUCCUGAACUUGAUCUUUCUGAACUAGAUGUGAACGACUUGGAUACAGACAGCUUUCUGGGUGGACUCAAGUGGUGCAGUGACCAAUCAGAAAUAAUAUCCAAUCAGUACAACAAUGAGCCUUCAAACAUAUUUGAGAAGAUAGAUGAAGAGAAUGAGGCAAACUUGCUAGCAGUCCUCACAGAGACACUGGACAGUCUCCCUGUGGAUGAAGACGGAUUGCCCUCAUUUGAUGCGCUGACAGAUGGAGACGUGACCACUGACAAUGAGGCUAGUCCUUCCUCCAUGCCUGACGGCACCCCUCCACCCCAGGAGGCAGAAGAGCCGUCUCUACUUAAGAAGCUCUUACUGGCACCGGCCAACACUCAGCUAAGUUAUAAUGAAUGCAGUGGUCUCAGUACCCAGAACCAUGCAAAUCACAAUCACAGGAUCAGAACAAACCCUGCAAUUGUUAAGACUGAGAAUUCAUGGAGCAAUAAAGCGAAGAGUAUUUGUCAACAGCAAAAGCCACAAAGACGUCCCUGCUCGGAGCUUCUCAAAUAUCUGACCACAAACGAUGACCCUCCUCACACCAAACCCACAGAGAACAGAAACAGCAGCAGAGACAAAUGCACCUCCAAAAAGAAGUCCCACACACAAUCGCAGUCUCAACAUUUACAAGCCAAACCAACAACUUUAUCUCUUCCUCUGACCCCAGAGUCACCAAAUGACCCCAAGGGUUCCCCAUUUGAGAACAAGACUAUUGAACGUACCUUAAGUGUGGAACUCUCUGGAACUGCAGGCCUAACUCCACCCACCACUCCUCCUCAUAAAGCCAACCAAGAUAACCCUUUUAGGGCUUCUCCAAAGCUGAAGUCCUCUUGCAAGACUGUGGUGCCACCACCAUCAAAGAAGCCCCGGUACAGUGAGUCUUCUGGUACACAAGGCAAUAACUCCACCAAGAAAGGGCCGGAGCAAUCCGAGUUGUAUGCACAACUCAGCAAGUCCUCAGUGCUCACUGGUGGACACGAGGAAAGGAAGACCAAGCGGCACAGUCUGCGGCUGUUUGGUGACCAUGACUAUUGCCAGUCAAUUAAUUCCAAAACGGAAAUACUCAUUAAUAUAUCACAGGAGCUCCAAGACUCUAGACAACUAGAAAAUAAAGAUGUCUCCUCUGAUUGGCAGGGGCAGAUUUGUUCUUCCACAGAUUCAGACCAGUGCUACCUGAGAGAGACUUUGGAGGCAAGCAAGCAGGUCUCUCCUUGCAGCACAAGAAAACAGCUCCAAGACCAGGAAAUCCGAGCCGAGCUGAACAAGCACUUCGGUCAUCCCAGUCAAGCUGUUUUUGACGACGAAGCAGACAAGACCAGUGAACUGAGGGACAGUGAUUUCAGUAAUGAACAAUUCUCCAAACUACCUAUGUUUAUAAAUUCAGGACUAGCCAUGGAUGGCCUGUUUGAUGACAGCGAAGAUGAAAGUGAUAAACUGAGCUACCCUUGGGAUGGCACGCAAUCCUAUUCAUUGUUCAAUGUGUCUCCUUCUUGCUCUCCUUUUAACUCUCCAUGUAGAGAUUCCGUGUCACCACCCAAAUCCUUAUUUUCUCAAAGACCCCAAAGGAUGCGCUCUCGUUCAAGGUCCUUUUCUCGACACAGGUCGUGUUCCCGAUCACCAUAUUCCAGGUCAAGAUCAAGGUCCCCAGGCAGUAGAUCCUCUUCAAGAUCCUGCUAUUACUAUGAGUCAAGCCACUACAGACACCGCAUGCACCGAAAUUCUCCCUUGUAUGUGAGAUCACGUUCAAGAUCGCCCUACAGCCGUCGGCCCAGGUAUGACAGCUACGAGGAGUAUCAGCACGAGAGGCUGAAGAGGGAAGAAUAUCGCAGAGAGUAUGAGAAGCGAGAGUCUGAGAGGGCCAAACAAAGGGAGAGGCAGAGGCAGAAGGCAAUUGAAGAGCGCCGUGUGAUUUAUGUUGGUAAAAUCAGACCUGACACAACACGGACAGAACUGAGGGACCGUUUUGAAGUUUUUGGUGAAAUUGAGGAGUGCACAGUAAAUCUGCGGGAUGAUGGAGACAGCUAUGGUUUCAUUACCUACCGUUAUACCUGUGAUGCUUUUGCUGCUCUUGAAAAUGGAUACACUUUGCGCAGGUCGAACGAAACUGACUUCGAGCUGUACUUUUGUGGACGCAAGCAAUUUUUCAAGUCUAACUAUGCAGACCUAGAUUCAAACUCAGAUGACUUUGACCCUGCUUCCACCAAGAGCAAGUAUGACUCUCUGGAUUUUGAUAGUUUACUGAAAGAAGCUCAGAGAAGCUUGCGCAGGUAACAUGUUCCCUAGCUGAGGAUGACAGAGGGAUGGCGAAUACCUCAUGGGACAGCGCGUCCUUCCCUAAAGACUAUUGCAAGUCAUACUUAGGAAUUUCUCCUACUUUACACUCUCUGUACAAAAAACAAAACAAAACAACAAUACAACAAGAACAACAACAACAACAAUAACAACAAUGGUUUACAUGAACACAGCUGCUGAAGAGGCAAGAGACAGAAUGAUAUCCAGUAAGCACAUGUUUAUUCAUGGGUGUCAGCUUUGCUUUUCCUGGAGUCUCUUGGUGAUAGAGUGUGCGUGUGUGCAUGUAUGUGUGUGUGUAUGUAUGUGUAUGGUGUGUGUGCUUGGUUUAGGGGAAGUAUGUGUGGGUACAUGUGAGGACUGGGGGCACCUGACCAGAAUGUGCAAGGGCAAACCAUUUCAAAUGGCAGCAGUUCCAUGAAGACACACUUAAAACCUAGAACUUCAAAAUGUUCGUAUUCUAUUCAAAAGGAAAAAAAAAAAAAAAAAAAAAAAUAUAUAUAUAUAUAUAAAAAUUAAAAAGGAAAGAAAACUAACAACCAAUCAACCAACCAACCACAAACCACCCUAAAAUGACAGCUGCUGAUGUCUGGGCAUCAGCCUUUGUACUCUGUUUUUUUAAGAAAGUGCAGAAUCAACUUGAAGCAAGCUUUCUCUCGUAACGUAAUGAUUAUAUGACAAUCCUGAAGAAACCACAGGUUCCAUAGAACUAAUAUCCUGUCUCUCUCUCUCUCUCUUUUUUUUUUUUUUCCUUUUUCCUUUUGCCAUGGAAUCUGGGUGGGAGAGGAUACUGCGGGCACCAGAAUGCUAAAGUUUCCUAACAUUUUGAAGUUUCUGUAGUUCAUCCUUAAUCCUGACACCCAUGUAAAUGUCCAAAAUGUUGAUCUUCCACUGCAAAUUUCAAAAGCCUUGUCAAUGGUCAAGCGUGCAGCUUGUUCAGCGGUUCUUUCUGAGAGUGGACACCGGGUUACAAUACUAAUGAGAGUUGGGUAGAACUCUCUGAGAUGUGUUCAGAUAGUGUAAUUGCUACAUUCUCUGAUGUAGUUAAGUAUUUACAGAUGUUAAAUGGAGUAUUUUUAUUUUAUGUAUAUACUAUACAACAAUGUUCUUUUUUGUUACAGCUAUGCACUGUAAAUGCAGCCUUCUUUUCAAAACUGCUAAAUUUUUCUUAAUCAAGAAUAUUCAAAUGUAAUUAUGAGGUGAAACAAUUAUUGUACACUAACAUAUUUAGAAGCUGAACUUACUGCUUAUAUAUAUUUGAUUGUAAAAACAAAAAGACAGUGUGUGUGUCUGUUGAGUGCAACAAGAGCAAAAUGAUGCUUUCCGCACAUCCAUCCCUUAGGUGAGCUUCAAUCUAAGCAUCUUGUCAAGAAAUAUCCUAGUCCCCUAAAGGUAUUAACCACUUCCGCGAUAUUUUUCCACAUUUUCUUGUCGCUUGUUUUUCUUUGAAGUUUUAUACACUGGAUUUGUUAGGGGAAUGAAAUUUUCUCAUCUAAAAUUUUUCUAGAAGAUAUCAUGAUUUUAUGUAAAGUCUCUCAAUGGGUAACCAUUAAGAAAUGUUUUUAUUUUCUCUAUCAACAGUAGUUUUGAAACUAGAAGUCAAAAAUCUUUUUAAAAUGCUGUUUUGUUUUAAUUUUUGUGAUUUUAAUUUGAUACAAAAUGCUGAGGUAAUAAUUACAGUAUGAUUUUUACAAUAAUUAAUGUGUGUCUGAAGACUAUCUUUGAAGCCAGUAUUUCUUUCCCUUGGCAGAGUAUGACGAUGGUAUUUAUCUGUAUUUUUUACAGUUAUGCAUCCUGUAUAAAUACUGAUAUUUCAUUCCUUUGUUUACUAAAGAGACAUAUUUAUCAGUUGCAGAUAGCCUAUUUAUUAUAAAUUAUGAGAUGAUGAAAAUAAUAAAGCCAGUGGAAAUUUUCUACCUAGGAUGCAUGACAAUUGUCAGGUUGGAGUGUAAGUGCUUCAUUUGGGAAAUUCAGCUUUUGCAGAAGCAGUGUUUCUACUUGCACUAGCAUGGCCUCUGACGUGACCAUGAUGUUGUUCUUGAUGACAUUGCUUCUGCUAAAUUCAAUAAAAACUUCAGAAAAACCUCCAUUUUGAGCAUCAGGAUUUCAUCUGAGUGUGGAGUCCCUGGAAUGGAAUUCAGUAACGUUUGGAGUGUGUAUUCAAGUUUCUAAAUUGAGAUUCGAUUACUGUUUGGCUGACAUGACUUUUCUGGAAGACAUGAUACACCUACUACUUAAUUGUUCUUUUCCUUUCUCUCACCCAACACAAUCUUAUAAGAUGGAUUUCACCCCCAGGCCAAUGCAGCUAAUUUUGAUAGCUGCAUUCAUUUAUCACCAGCAUAUUGUGUUCUGAGUGAAUCCACUGUUUGUCCUGUCGGAUGCUUGCUUGAUUUUUUGGCUUCUUAUUUCUAAGUAGAUAGAAAGCAAUAAAAAUACUAUGAAAUAAAAGAACUUGUUCACAGGUUCUGCGUUACAACAGUAACACAUCUUUAAUGCGCCUAAUUCUUGUUGUUCUGUAGGUUAAAUGCAGGUAUUUUAACUCUGUGUGAACGCCAAACUAAAGUUUACAGUCUUUCUUUCUGAAUUUUGAGUAUCUUCUGUUGUAGAAUAAUAAUAAAAAGACUAUUAAGAGCAAUAAAUUAUUUUUAAGAAAUCGAUAUUUAGUAAAUCCUAUUAUGUGUUCAAGGACCACAUGUGUUCUCUAUUUUGCCUUUAAAUUUUUGUGAUCCAAUUUUAAAUACAUUCUCCUUUUUGCCCUGGAUUGUUGACAUGAGUGGAAUACUUGGUUUCUUUUCUUAUCAAAAGACAGCACUACACAUAUAUUGAAAAUUAAUUUAUCCCCCCCGCAACCCGGCCUAACCAAUAUUGUUACCAUGAAGAUAGUUUUCCUCAAUGGACUUCAAAUUGCAUCUAAAAUUAGUGGAGCUUUUGUAUCUUCUGCAGACACUGUGGGUAGCCCAUCAAAAUGUAAGCUGUGCUCCUCUCAUUUUUAUUUUUAUUUUUUUGGGAGAGAAUAUUUCAAAUGAACAUGUGCACCCCAUCAUCACUGAAGGCAAAUUUCAGCAUAGAUCUCUAGGAUUUUUAGAUGACCGUGGGCCAUUGCCUUCAUGCCGUGGUAAGUACCACAUCUACAAUUUUGGUAACCGAACUGGUGCUUUAGUAAUGUGGGUUUUUUUCUUUUUUAAAAGAGAUGUAGCAGAAUAAUUCUUCCAGUGCAACAAAAUCAAUUUUUUGCUAAACGACUCCGAGAACAACAGUUGGGCUGUCAACAUUCAGAGCAGCAGAGAGGGAACUUUGCACUAUUGGGGUAUGAUGUUUGGGUCAGUUGAAAAAAGGAAACCUUUUCAUGCCUUUAGAUGUGAGCUUCCAGUAGGUAAUGAUUAUGUGUCCUUUCUUGAUGGCUGUAAUGAGAACUUCAAUCACUGUAGUCUAAGACCUGAUCUAUAGAUGACCUAGAAUAGCCAUGUACUAUAAUGUGAUGAUUCUAAAUUUGUACCUAUGUGACAGACAUUUUCAAUAAUGUGAACUGCUGAUUUGAUGGAGCUACUUUAAGAUUUGUAGGUGAAAGUGUAAUACUGUUGGUUGAACUAUGCUGAAGAGGGAAAGUGAGCGAUUAGUUGAGCCCUUGCCGGGCCUUUUUUCCACCUGCCAAUUCUACAUGUAUUGUUGUGGUUUUAUUCAUUGUAUGAAAAUUCCUGUGAUUUUUUUUAAAUGUGCAGUACACAUCAGCCUCACUGAGCUAAUAAAGGGAAACGAAUGUUUCAAAUCUA